GCUGCCUGUUCUUUUUUUUAAUGGAAGUUUUCCGUGUAAGAGUUUGACUAUCUCAAUCAAAGCUUUGCAGAUCUUUUCAUAUAUGGAUGCUGAUUCCUGGUAUAACUUGUAUCUCUAUCUGCAUCGGCUGCAACCUGUAAGUUUCCUCUCUCCAAUUCUUUCUGCCAUUUCUGGACUCCCUUUCUGCAUCCUUGGUUCCAACAGCUGUAUUUUCAAUUGAGAUUUGAUCAGUUGAACAUUUGCAGAAGGAAGGGAAGAUGUGUUCGAGUUUCACAAGAAGGACACGAACCAAAGAUGAGGGACCAUUGCUGAAGAAUGGAAGCAUGUUAUUGGAAAAGCUUAUUGCCUCUUGUAAUGGUAAAUGUAAUCCUAUUCGUACUUUCUCUGCUGAGGAACUGAGCAAAGCAACAAACGGUUUCAAUGUUGAACAAGAAAUUUCAAGGUAUGUUCAUUUCGUGUUAUACAAAGGUUUUCUGGACGGCCGUGAAAUUUCUGUCAAAAGGUAUAAAAUUGGGGAAAGUAAAUAUCUUGAAACGGCUAUUACAGAUAUUGUUAUUGGCUCACAGAUGAGUGUUCAUAAGAAUGUUCUAAAGCUCAUUGGAUGCUGCUUAGAAACUCAAAAUCCAGUUCUUGUUUACGAAUUUGGUGGUGAAAAAACUCUCAAGAAAUGUAUCUUGGAUGUUCAUGAGGGGCAGUUUGAGCCAUUAACAUGGAAAUCUAGACUAAGAAUCGCAAUGGAUGUUGCUAGUGCAGUUGCAUAUCUCCAUACUGCUUUAUCCAGACCCAUUAUUCACCGAGGUCUCUCACUGAUAUCAAUAGUAUUGGAUUCAAAUCAUGUUGCUAAGCUUAGUGAGUUCUCACUCUCCAUAGCCAUUCCAGAGGGCAAAUCCCAUGUAGAAGAUGCUAUCUCCGGCAUAACGGGGUAUAUGGCACCAGAAGUUUGGACAGGUUCAAAAAUAAAUGAAAAGGCUGACGUUUAUAGUUUUGGCAGACUCUUGUUUGAGCUUUUGACUGGAAGAAACAAUGUUCCUGAAUAUUAUGCUGCAGGGGAUGCCAUUGUAGAAGAAUUUGUGCAGUCCUAUGUUGAAAGCAAUCGGUUAAUUGAAAUUGUUGAUCACAAAAUUUCAAGUGAAGGAAUCAAUCGUGAUGAAUUGGUAGCUUUUGCAAAGAUAGCACUUAGUUGCACCGUGGAAAAUCCAGAAGACCGGCCAACGAUAACUGAUGUUGCAAAACAGCUAAGGCAACUUCGUAAAGAUUCUCCAUGUAUUCCUUAGAUACAUUGAUUGAUGUUUAGCUUAAUAGCUGAAUGACUUGGUAGAGAAAAUCACGAUGAAUUUUCAGCAGCUACUGCAGCAAUACUUGUUUUCAACCUGUUGUAGGACAAAAAGUCAUGCAAUUACUGCAGAGAAAGAGGUAAACUGCUGCAGAUUUUCAUUGCAUCAAAUUUGGUUUAAUCUGGAAAAUGAUUUCUCUGAGUAAUUGGAUCUUGAUUUACUAUUCAAACUUGCCAGGUGCAGUUCUCUUCUUCCCUUCCUGUUUUCAUUUUUGCUUUUCAGCUAGUUGCUUCACUUUUAUAAGUGCGAGCCAUCUUCUUAUUUUUGUUUGGACUCAUGUUCUUAUAUUAACUAACCUUGAUUAUUGAAUCCAAUUUAAAACUCGUGUUCAUAUAUCCAUUCCAUUGGAUUCAAUAAAAUUCCAGGUGGAUGAUUGCUGUA